AUGUCUGCGAGAGGACGCGGUGGUGCCUCCGGCAACAAGCUCAAGAUGACCCUCGGUCUGCCUUGCGGCGCCGUUCUCAACUGCUGCGACAACUCCGGUGCUCGCAACCUGUACAUCAUCUCCGUCAAGGGUAUCGGUGCUCGCCUGAACCGUCUCCCCGCUGCCGGUGUCGGUGACAUGGUCAUGGCCACCGUCAAGAAGGGAAAGCCUGAGCUCCGUAAGAAGGUCAUGCCCGCUGUUGUUGUCCGUCAGAGCAAGCCCUGGAGACGCCCCGACGGUAUCUACCUCUACUUCGAGGACAACGCUGGUGUUAUCGUCAACGCCAAGGGUGAGAUGAAGGGUUCCGCUAUCACCGGUCCCGUUGGUAAGGAGGCUGCUGAGCUUUGGCCUCGUAUUGCCUCCAACUCCGGUGUUGUCAUGUAA